AUGUCGUCUGGUUCUGAUGAUUAUGGACGUCAAUCAAUCGGUAGCGUCGGUGUUACUCUUCAACAAACUCCAGUACCCGCAUUCCUUAAUAAAUUAUGGAUAUUAAUUAAUGAUUCAUCAUGUGAUGAUCUUAUUGCAUGGGAUUCAUCUGGUGGAUCAUUUCAUGUCUAUGAUCAAGCACGAUUUUCACGAGAAAUUUUACCACGUUAUUUUAAACAUAAUAAUUUUGCAUCAUUUAUUCGCCAAUUAAAUAUGUAUGGUUUUCGAAAAAUAUCCAAUAUUGAACAUGGUUCAUUGAGAUCAGAACGUGAUGAUAUUGAAUUUGCUCAUCCAAAUUUUAUUCGUGGACAAGAUACACUAUUGGAACUAAUUAAACGACGAGCGCCCGAUAAUCAACAAAAACAACAUCAACAACCAUCUCAAAUAGGUCCAUCAUCAACAACUAUAAUUCAAACACCAUAUAUGGACCCGAAAUCAAAUCGUCCAGUUGAAUUUAUUCAUGUACUCGAAGACGUAAAAUCACUAAAAAAUAAACAAACAUCAUUAAAUGAAAAAUUAAAUAAUAUACAAACUGAAAAUGAAGCUCUGUGGCGUGAAAUUUCUUCAUUGAGACAAAAACAUUCAAAACAGCAGCAAAUUGUAUCAAAACUAAUGGAAUUUUUACUACAUUUUGUAACAAAUACUCAACAUAAUCAAAGACAAGUUACCGGACCGAUGCAACCAAAUUUAAUUCAACAUCAUCCUCAUCGAUCAGAAAGUGAUCAGCAGCACCAGCAGCAGCAGAGUAUCAAUACACAAAAUUUAUUACAGAAUAGUGGUAAUUUGGUAAAUGAAAAUGAUAAUGGUGUCAUGCAUUCGACAACAGGCAAUGGAUCAAAUGGUGCAUUGAAACGAAAACCAUUGAUGAUUGGAGAUACAGAUAUUGAGCUUAAACCUGUAAAACGAAAUAGUGCACAGCAACAACAAGCGCAGCAACAGCAACAACACGGUAUGCAUCAACAAUAUCAGCAACAACAACCACAAUCUCAUCGAUCCAUUCAACAUGCCACACGUCUUGUACCUAAUAUUAAUGUUCAUCCAAAUGAUCCAAAUCUAAAUUCAUUACAUCAGCAACAUCCACUAAAUAUUGGACGUCAACAAAGUGUAACGAUUAAUGAAAUAAGUGAUAAUGACCAAGCUAACUGGUUGCAUGGUACGACAAGUUCACCAUUAGUGGAUCUAGUACCAUCACCACCACCACCAUCACAAUUACAUCCGAGCGACGGCAAUUCCGGCAAUUUUAUGGUCGAUGAAACAAGUGCUCAUCGUUAUCAUGACGAUAACGAUGACGCACAACAUCCGACAAAUGAUUAUUGGAUAAGUAAUGAUGAUUCCAUGGAUUUUGGACCAACGACAACUACAACGAGGAAUGAUCAUAUACAAAAUAACAAUAAAUAUCCAAAUCGAAGUUCAACCGGAAGAAAUAUUGGUGAUAAUGGAAUAUUUAUGCCAGAUUUCUUUUUACAUACUGAUAAUGGAGUGAAUCAAACAGCAUCAAAUGAUCAACAUAGGUCUUUCUCCAAUAAUAUGACAAUUGCUCCGUCAACAAACAUAUCAAUGAUGAACCCAUUAAAAGAAGAACAAUUAGAUUUUGGCGAACAAUAUCACUUAGCCACACCAAAUACACUAUCAAUGAAUCCUAUGGUAAAUUAUCAGCAACAACAAGACAUUAAGCAGAUUAACCAAAAAUUUGAACAACAGUCGCAUGGAACCGAAAAUAACAAUAACAAUAAUGAAUCAUUUUCAUUAGAUGAUUUUAAUAGCGAUGUAGACGGUAUACAAGUUGCUUUAGAUUCUAUUCGAGAAUUAAUUUACUCAAAUUUACCCGAUGGAACACGUAUUGAAGAUUUGUUCGAUGUUGAAGAUGGUUCUCUGUUGUCACCAACAAAUCAACAGGAUUUUAAACAAGCAUUAAUAGAUGCUACAACUCAAGCUCAAGAAAGGUCUAAUACAUUAGCUGGUGAUAUAAUACAAACAGCAAAUAUUAUCACAUCACAAGCACCAACUAAUCAAUCUAAGCCAAAUGUAGUUACGUUUGUUACGCUUCCACAAGGGCAACAACAACACUUAACGUAUCCACCGGUAGUGACUAUAAGGGAUAUUGCCGUAACAAGAGCUAUAUCACCGACAACAAUUAAUUUAUCAUCAUUACAAUCGAGUGACGAAAGAAUCUGGAACUCAUCGAUACCAUCCACAAUAACUGCCAUACCACAACGUCGUAAACGUGCACAGCCUCAACAAAGAGCUCAACCGCUUACUCAACCGGUAUUGGUUCAACAACAACCAUUAACAAUUGUCAAACCAGUAAUUCAAUCAUCUUCAUCGUCUCCUAUUGUUUUACAAACAACAAAAACCUCCGCUAUUCCGACAGUAACGGUAACUUCAACUAAACAUACACCUAUUAUUCAUGUGCCAUCGACAUUGCUUAAUAAACAACUUCCUACAAUUAAAAUUCAACAACCAUCAACUAUUUCACCUUCUAUUCACGGUGUUGAACAACAAAAAAAUCCGUCUAAUCCUAUUAUCGUUUUACAAACGCCUCGACAAUCACCACAAACAUCCGAUUCCACGGGCAAUAAUGAAAGACAAUUGCUUGGUCAACUUUUAUCUGAAUCAGUUAUUGAAGAACAACGUCAAACAAUUGAAACAUUAGAACGAGAAAAGUCGAAUUUACAAGAAAAAAUAAAUAAAUUUGAACAGCAGCAACAACAACGGCUUGAAAAUUCUUCGAAGGAUAAUAAUUCAGGAAUGUUUAAUUAA